AUGGCCGACACCAAGUUCGAAGGAUGGCUCGGAAAGGACGAGAAGUCCGUAGAAGGAAAGAUGGAAUGGGGCCAAUUUAAGCCCAAAAGGUGGACUGAAGACGACGUUGACAUCGAGAUCUCCCACUGCGGUAUCUGCGGCUCUGACUUGCAUGUCUUGAAGUCUGGCUGGUCUCCUACGCCCUACCCAUGUGUCGUCGGCCACGAAAUCAUCGGCAAAGCCGUCCGCGUCGGUAAAAAUGUCUCCCAUAUUAAAGAGGGCUCCCGCGUUGGCGUCGGCGCACAGGCACGCUCUUGUCUUCAGAAAGAUUGCCCGGACUGCUCUCAAGGACUAGAGAACCACUGUCACCGUGAGAGUAUCAACACGUAUGGAUCCGUGUACCCCGGCAACGAAGGAAAGAGCUACGGUGGCUACGCGACGCAUAACCGCACGAAUGGUCACUUUGUGUUGAACAUCCCAGAGGGUCUGGAUUCCGCGGACGCAGCGCCUAUGCUGUGUGGUGGUGUUACGGUGUUCAGCCCGCUGAAACAAAAUGACUGCGGCCCGGGCAAGACAGUCGGUAUCGUCGGUGUCGGUGGGCUUGGCCACUUUGGUGUGCUCUUUGCGAAGGCGCUGGGGGCUGACAAGGUUGUGGGCAUUUCGAGGAAGGCAGACAAGAAAGAUGAUGUACUGAAGCUGGGCGCGGACCAGUACAUCGCGACUGAUGGCGAUAAGGACUGGGCGAAAUAUAACGCGCAAACUUUGGACUUGAUUGUCUGCACCGUGUCGAGUCACCAGAUGCCGUUGGAUGGAUAUCUGGCUCUCUUGAAGACCAAGGGGACCUUCAUUCAGGUUGGUGCCCCUGACGGCGGCAAGCUCCCCGAAAUCAACGCCUUUACGCUCCUUGCAGGCGGAAUCAAGGUCGGCGGCUCCGCCAUUGGGUCACCCGCCGAGAUCGACGAGAUGCUGAAGCUUGCUGCGGACCAGAAAGUCAAGCCGUGGAUCCAGAAGCGCAAGAUGAAGGACGCCAAUCAGGCGGUGCUAGAUAUGGUGGACGGAAAGGCGAGAUACAGAUAUGUGCUCGAGAAUUAA